CGGGUAACGGCAUCGGAAAUAUUUGUGGAUUGCAGAAAGGCGGAUACCUGUUUGCUACUUUGCCGUUUAGAACUUUUCGUGAACCAUUUUCCCCCGUCACUCGUCAUUGAGUCGCCAUAUCGAACAAAAAUUAUUAUUCUGCGUAUUUUUAUUUAGCUGAAACUGUAUUAGCCUCGACGAGAGUAGUAGUUUUCUAGCCUCAACUAGCUAACUUUUAACACACUAGCAGAUAAGUUGUCAAACCCCCGGCAGUACAACAAGGAAGGUGCAACACCGAACCGACAACAAAAAGAUGUGCGAUAAAGAUCUGAUUUGGACACUGAAGACCGGGGACCUGGAUGAGGUCAAAGCCACACUGCAAACGGCUGAGCAUGUGAACCGGACCCUCGAUGGUGGGAGGAAGCCGCUGCAUUAUGCUGCAGACUUCGGUCAGACAGAUGUGGUGGAGUUCCUCAUUUCUAAGGGGGCAGAUAUCAAUGCUCCAGACAAACAUGGGUUUACUCCACUGAUGACUGCCUGUUUUGAGGGUCAUCUCUCAUGUGUCAAGCUCCUGCUAGAAAAGGGAGCUGACAAAGACCAAAAAUCACCAGACGGCAUGACUGCCCUUGAAGCUGCUGCUACUGAGCCCAUAAAAGCUCUGCUCAAGUAAGACACCACAGUGUGGGAGGUGGCUGGGCAGCUGUAUGAACGGGCACUCAAAUGGAUGCAGUGAUCUCCUGAGAGAAGAUGGACUUGCCCCUUUGACCCUGAUCAACCUCUGUCUCAACAAUGCUUUUGUCUGUUUGUUGGAGGUUCAUUUUGUCUGUCUGGUGGUCUUCCUUACAUUGUAAUUUCUCUUUUCCCCAGGUUUUUGGGAUAGGAUUUUUUUUUUUUCCUUAGUCCUCUGUUUUUAGCCAUUUAACAGAAGGACUUGUCAGUUAUGUCUCCCUUAGGGACCAAACACUUGGGGAGUGCUCUUGAACCUGGAUCUUAACACUGCUCAGAUUAGUAACAGACUCUAUAACACAAACACAAAGCUUUCAUAUACGAGUAAAUGCACAUCUUUUUUGCAGUUGUGUUGUAAAAACAUACUGAAGUUAAAUUGUAAUGGAUCAGUAGUGUGUUAAUAUUUUUACAACUUCACAGUUAAAGUAUUUUAUGGCCAGGAUUUCUCAUGAACAUUAAUUGCACUGUACUAUACUUGAUAAGACUAAAAAGAUUAAGUUUAAUUAUGUUAACAUUUCAUUAUGUGUGGCCUCUUCCUGUACUUUAAUUUUUUUUUUUUUUUAGUAGAUCAAAUUGUCCCUCAAAUCUAAGCUUAAUAUUUUAGAGAUGUUGGCUGAGGGAGGUGCAGAGGUCAGAUUUUUCUUUUCUACUUGGUGAUGUAUCACUUACAUAUCAAAUGGUGUUUUUUCCACAAAUUUUACAUCAUUAAGGUAUUCUCUAUUCUUUGACCAAUCACCAUGCUGGCUAACUAGAAUGACUUGAAUGUUGCAAUUUUCAAACGUGUUACUCAAUCCCUUUUGAAGCAAUGUUAACAGCACAUAAUAGGAUUAGAUAUUUUAGAACUUUCUUCAUUUUGCCGCCCCUGGGUGAGAGUUCAGAGCAAAAAUUCCUUUUUCCUUUUUUUUUCUUGCAGCUUCUCUGAGUAUUUUGUAACUAAUGGGCUCUAGGGGUUGUAAGUGAUGGGUUAAUGGGGGUCAGAUUUGAAAGUUGUUGGUAGGGGUGUUUUUUUUAUUCCCCUUGCCUUGUUCGUUUUUUCGGUUCAAAGCCCUGCCUGUUUUGCUGCAUGUCAAAACUGCCUCUGCUUUUAUGCUAUGAAAUGGUCACUGUCCUCUUGGUUGCUUUCAAACAAAUUACAACAAUGCAAUAGACAAAAAAAAGAAUGCUCUUGCUGACUUUGUUGUGACAAAAGUCUGUAAAAACAAAUAAAAA